AAGCAUUUCUUCCUAAUGUUUCUCAUCUUCCUAAAAUUCAAUACAAUUUCCCUGCUAGUGAAACUACAGAAGAACAAUUGUUAAAUGAAUUUCGUCGUAAUUCCAUAAAAAAUGGAUUCCUUCAUGCUUGGAACGGAUAUUCAACAUAUGCAUGGGGAUAUGAUAUGUUACAGCCUGUGACGAAUUCAAGCAAAAAUAAUUUUAAUGGCUGGGGUGUGACAAUAAUUGAUGCAUUGGAUACGAUGUGGAUUAUGGGUUUAAAAGCAGAAUUUAAUCAAUCAAGAGAUUUCGUUAAAAAUUUGAAUUUUACAAAGACUACCAAUAAUAUCAAUGUGUUUGAAACCAUAAUCCGAUAUUUAGGUGGAUUAUUGAGUGCAUAUGAACUUUCUCAGGAUAAAAUAUUUUUAGACAAAGCAUAUGAAUUAGAUGUUGAAUCUAUUGAAAGCAUGAAAAAAUGGUUAAUUAAAGAAAGCCUAGCGGAACACCGUCUAAUCUUAGGCGAAUUAUCUGAUAACGUUUUUUCUGGAGCAUUUGAACAUUUGGGAUGUUUUGUUCCAGGAAUGCUUGGUAUAGGCGCUAAAGUUCUUAACCGUCCUCAAGACCUUGAAAUCGCUAUAAGGCUAGCAGAAACAUGCUAUUGGGCAUAUAUAUCAACUCAUACUAAAAUUGCACCUGAAAUAAUGUGGGUCUUGACUAACGAUACACAAUCAAAAACUCAGCAUGAAACUGAAAACCUUCCAGUUGAUGUAUAUAAAAUGGACACUAAAUAUUAUUUGAGACCAGGUGUUUACACUUAA